AAUAAUUCUUUUUUAUUUCAGGUGAAUUUAUGAGCCAUACAUAUAAUUAUGAAGGUGUGAAGGAUUUUACAUAUAAUUAUGAAGGUGUUCCCCUAAAUUUAGCUGUCGUUCAUUUAGGUGUGCUAGUUUUUCAAAAUUUAACAAAAUCAAUACAUUUUCAUGGGCUAAAAUAAGAGAAUUAAGUUUUAAGAGGAAAAAAUUUCUUGUUAAGCUUCAUCCUGAAGGUUAUGGUUUUUAUAAAGAUACUGUGGAGUUUGUUUUUGAUAGCCGAAAUGAAUGUAAAAAUUUUUGGAAAAAGUGCAUUGAAAAUCACGCAUUUUUUCGAUGUUCCGAUGCAAAGCAAGGAAUGCGUAUGAAACCCAAAAUUUUCGGCAGAGGAUCAUCCUUCAGGAAUAGUGGAUGGACACAAAAACAAGAAUCUGAAUUUGUUAGACAGAAUAAUUUCCAAACAACACAAUUUCAAAGUAUUAGUUGCCACUGAGCUCACACCAGUGCAAGCUGAAGCUGUUCCUUUUCCUUCGGUUGAAGGACAGCGAUGUGUUCCUCGCUCCUAUAUGGUCGUUUUUGUGACUGGAUGACUUCUCAAUUUUCUGAAUUAGUUGAAGACUUUUCUGAGCCUGUUGUUGUUGAUGAUGAUAGCGCUGAAGAUGAUUCUGAAGGAGAUCCUUUGACAGUUCGAAAGCUUAAGGACAACUUAGUGCGAUUUACCAAUGCUACAAAACCUGUCUCUUCUCUUGCUGAUAGCUUCGUAUCAUUGCUACGGUGGAAUUCACCAGGAGCAACAUUGUUAGCAUUUUUUGUUUAUAUGAAUACUGUGUAUCAUGGUUGGCUUCUUUCCUUGAUCCUCUUCUUAUUUAUAUCUCAACUAACACUCAACUAUAUCACAUUCUCUUUGGACAAAUAAAGCAACUGAAGACAUAAUUUUUGUUCUACAAAUUAUUCAGUGACUAAGGCCCUAUAAAUGCAGAAUUAUUUUUCAAGUUGCACAUCAAAGGUACAGUUAUCUUUAAAACUAUGCAUACAGCUUUAAAAACUGAAAACAAAAAUAAAGAACUCAAUUUUAAAAAAAUAAAUAAUUUUUUUCCUUAUUUUCAUUACAAUUUAUCAAUUAUUUCAACAAAGAUUUCCUGGAUAUCUCUUCUUUGAGAUUAUGUCUGAAUUUCAGAAUCUGAUUAAGUAGAUGCUUGAACAUUCUUUAACAUAUUCUUUGUAUGCAACAUACUUGAGUUAUAUAAAUUGCAGAUUAACUAAGUAUUCCAAAAAUGAGUCAGUGUCCAUCUUUUUGAAUACAUGUUCAUUACUAGUUUUUAAGUAGCCAUUUAUUCUGGAUCAAAAAUUCAUAAAGGUUAAUACAGUUUU